GUUACUUUAGUUGUACUCAACUAUAAUGUGAUCUAACUUCCUGUACAUAAGAAAUGGGUAUUUAAGUCUCAGCUAAUGGUACCUAUCUUGUUCACUGUCAAUGAUACGAUCAAGGUUGAAUUAUCAAGCUCAGAGAGGUCGUGAUCGAUGCUAAAGCCGAUGGUAGCGCGCACAAAAUAGGCCCGCGUCCGUCGGAGAUUCAUCCUGAGAUUAAUUCGGCUUCCGUGUCCGUGUUGCCUAUACAAAUAGGUUCGAUUGUUCUUACCCACCACACCUCAAAACAUUGGACAUGUCCACUCCUUGUAAAAUCUCCACUAAAGGCUUCGGCACCAUGUCCAUGACUUGGUGUCCAAGCCCACCACCAUUUUCCAAAUCCCUUGACAAUUUGAAAUACGUCAAAAACACUUACGGAGUUAAAUUCUUCAACUGUGGGGAAUUCUACCAAACUGCUCCUGAAACUGCGAACUUGAAGUUGAUUAGCCAAUUUUGUGAACAAGAGAAGGAUGAAGAUAUCAUCAUUUCUAUCAAAGGAGCCUUUGACCUUACGAAGUUUGCUCCUGACGGUAGUAAGGAAUUUAUCAAUAAAUCAAUUGAUAAUAGUCUUUCUUACUUCAAGGACUUAGAGGUCAAGCCAAAAAUCCUCUUUGAAUGUGGACGAGUUGAUCCUAAUGUUCCAAUCGAAGAUUCUGUAAGCUAUAUUUAUGAAAGAGUCAAAAGUGGUGAUCUUGCUGGUAUCUGCAUUACGGAGGUCAGUGCUGCAUCCGUGAAGAAAGCUGCAGCUACUGCACCAAUUUCUGGUAUUGAGGUAGAAUUUUCGUUAUUCUCAGAAGAUAUUUUCACCAACGGCGUUUUAGAAGAAGCCUCCAAACAUCAAAUUGCUAUCAUUGCAUAUUCGCCUUUAAGUAGAGGAAUUUUAACCGACUAUGCUGCUGAGCAUCCCGAUUUCUUGAAAUCCAUUCCUCCACAAGAUAUGAAGAAUCACUUCGACAGGUUCCAACCUGAAAACUAUGAAAAGAAUAAAGGCCGUUUGCAUGCUUUGUACCAAUUUGCUAAAACAAAGAACUUAAGCUUAGAAGCCUUAGCAUUGAGUUAUAUUGAAAGUCUCUCUGGAAUCGAAAACUUUGAAGGAAUUCCAAAGGUUACCACGAUCAUUCCUAUUCCAUCUGGGUCUACUAAGGAAAAGAUUGACAAGAACUUUGGUAGUUCGGUGAAGUUGUCAAGAGAAGAUCUUGAAGCUCUUCAUAAGAUCCUCAAGGAACACUCUGUUAGUGGUGGUAGGUACUAUUCCAAAGCUAUCCCAUUUUUAGAAGGUUAGACAACAUUUUGACCCCCUUACAUUAAAGGAUAUCCUUCAGAUGAUUUGAAAUAUGAACAAUUAUUUAAACAAUAUAUAUGGAAUGCAAAAUUAUGAAUGAACGUUAUGAGAAUUGCUUGCGUU